GGGGAGUAGAUGGGCUCAGCUCUGCCGCUCGCGCGCCCGGACCUCACGGAGUGAAUGAAAUGAUUUCUCCUGCUCAUUUAAAGUGGACUAAAACAGCGACACGAUGAACACCUGCGCCUUUCUGUUGAUUUUGGCUGUCCAGAUCUACGCCGAUGGCAUCGAGGGGCCAACAGCGGCAGGCUGCACGUUCGAAGAGGAUUCAGACCCCAAUCUGUGUGACUUCACCCAGGGGGAGGAGGAUGACUUCGAUUGGCUGCUGUUUCGGACGCACAGUUCACCUUACGCCAGCUCAGACCUCCUGCAGGGAUCAUAUAUGCUGGUGAACUCCUCCCAGCACGCCGUGGGCCAUCGUGCUCAGCUGCUGCUGCAGACGCUGAGCGAAAACGACACACACUGCGUCCAGUUCAGCUACUUCCUCUACAGUCGGGACGGCCACAGUCCAGGGGCCCUGCGGGCGUAUGUGCGAGUCAACGGCGGCCCGCUCGGCAGUCCGGUGUGGAACACGUCGGGGUCUCACGCCAAGCAGUGGCACCAGGUUGAGCUGGCUGUCAGCACCUUCUGGCCUAAUGAAUACCAGGUACUGAUUGAGGCAACGGUUUCCAGGGAGCGGCGAGGCUAUAUUGCCAUAGAUGACAUCAUGGUGCUUAACUAUCCCUGCUAUAAGGCGCCGCACUUCUCCAGGCUGGGAGAUGAGGAGGUCAAUGCUGGCCAAAAUGCUACUUUCCAGUGUGUUGCUGCUGGAAGGGCAGCGGAGGCUGAGAAGUUCCUGCUGGAGAGACACAAUGGGGACAUUUUAACAGCGGCUUCUGUCAAGCACUUGAGUCACCGGCGCUUUGUGGUAUCCUUCCAGCUAGACAGCGUCCAGCGAACAGACCAAGACCUUUACCGCUGUGUCACUCAGUCCCCCAGGGGCUCCGGUGUCUCAAACUUUGCCGAACUCGUCGUCAAAGUGCCUCCAUCCCCCAUCGCGCCACCCCAGCUGCUGCGUGCCGGCUCCACUUACCUGAUCAUCCAGCUCAACACCAACUCCAUCCUGGGAGAUGGCCCCAUUAUCAGGAAGGAGAUUGAGUACCGCGCCAGCCAGUCUCCGUGGUCAGAGGUGCACGGAGUCAACAUGGUCACGUAUAAGCUGUGGCACCUGGAUCCAGACACAGAGUACCACAUCAGUGUGCUGCUGACUCGGCCAGGAGAGGGGGGGACUGGCCCGCCUGGACCGCCUCUUGUGAGCAGGACCAAGUGUGCAGAGCCCAUGCGUGCACUGCGGGGCCUCACAGCCACAGAUAUCCAGUCCAGGCAGUUGUCCCUGCAGUGGGAGAAUCUGGCGUUCAACCUGACACGCUGCCACACCUAUUCAGUGUCCCUCUGCUACCGCUACACCACGGCGGGAGGCGGCGGCGGCCACAACACCACUGUGCGCGAGUGCCUGGCAGUGGAACACAACGCCUCACGCUUCACGCUGCGUGAUCUGCCACCCUACCACGGCAUCCAUGUCCGUCUGUCACUGGCCAACCCAGAGGGGAAGAAAGAGGGCAGAGAGGUCACCUUCCAGACCGAGGAGGACAUUCCCGGAGGCAUAGCACCAGAGUCACUCACCUUCACCCCGCUGGAUGACAUGAUCUUCCUGAAGUGGGAGGAGCCCGUUGAGCCCAAUGGCCUUAUUACACAAUAUGAGAUUAGUUACCAGAGCAUUGAAUCAUCCGAUCCAGGCAUCAAUGUCCCAGGACCUCGAAGAACUGUGUCCAAACUGAAGAACGAGACCUACCACAUGUUCUCCAACCUCCAUCCUGGAACGACUUACCUAAUCUCCGUUCGAGCCCGCACAGCUAAGGGCUUUGGCCAGACCGCCCUCACUGAAAUCACCACUAACAUCUCAGCUCCCACUUUUGAUUACGGAGACAUGCCGUCCCCCCUUAGUGAGACAGAGAGCACAAUUACUGUCCUGCUGCGCCCCGCCCAAGGCAGAGGGGCACCUGUCAGUACGUACCAGGUGGUGGUUGAAGAGGAGACAGGGAAGAAAGUAAAGAGGGAGCUGGGGCUUCAGGACUGUUUCCCACUGCCCAUGUCCCAUGGUGAGGCUCAGGCCCGGGGCACGCCACACUACUACACAGCUGAGCUGCCACCCAGCAGCCUCCCGGAGGCCAGUCCCUUCACUGUGGGCGACAAUCACACUUACAACGGCUACUGGAACAGCCCUUUGGACCCACGCAAAAGCUACCUUGUCUACUUCCAGGCUAUGAGCAACUUCAGAGGGGAAUCCAGAAUAAACUGCAUCCGCAUCGCUCGCAAAGCGGCCUGCAAAGAUCACCGCAAGGCUCUCGAGGUAUCCCAGCACUCUGAGGAGAUGGGUCUGAUUCUCGGGGUGUGUGCCGGAGGUCUGGUAGUCCUCAUCCUUCUUCUGGGUGCCGUCAUCAUCAUCAUUAAGAAAGGAAGGGACUACUACUCUUACUAUCCGAAACCAGUGAACAUGAAUAAGACACCUAUUACCUACCGGCAGGAGAAGAGCCAUAUGGGCUCCAUGGAGCGCAGUUUCACAGACCAGAGCACCCUACAGGAGGAUGAAAGAAUGGCCCUUUCCUUCAUGGAUGCACACACCUGCGGCACACGCAGUGACGCUCGCAGUUCAGUGAAUGAGGCCAGCAGCCUGCUGGGAGGCUCCCCGAGGCACCAGUGUGGACGCAAAGGCUCCCCCUACCACACAGGCCAGCUCCACCCUGCCGUCCGAGUGGCUGACCUUCUCCAGCACAUCAACCAGAUGAAGACUGCCGAGGGCUACGGCUUUAAACAGGAAUAUGAGAGUUUCUUUGAUGGCUGGGAUUGCACAAAGAAGAAGGACAAGACCAAAGGGAGGCAUGACACCUUGUUGGGAUAUGACCGCCACAGAGUCAAGCUCCACCCUCUUCUGGGAGACCCCAACUCAGACUACAUUAACGCUAACUACAUUGAUGGCUACCAUCGAUCCAACCACUUCAUCGCCACUCAGGGACCCAAGCAGGAGACUCUCUAUGAUUUUUGGAGGAUGGUGUGGCAGGAAAAUUGUUUCAGCAUUGUCAUGAUCACUAAACUGGUGGAGGUUGGCAGGGUGAAAUGCUGUAAAUACUGGCCCGAUGACAGCGAGAUGUACGGUGACAUCAAAAUCACUCUGCUGAAGACGGAAACACUGGCUGAAUACACAGUUCGCACCUUUGCCUUGGAGAGGAGAGGAUACUCAACCAAGCACGAGGUGCGUCAGUUCCACUUCACAUCCUGGCCUGAGCACGGGGUGCCCUAUCACGCCACUGGACUGUUGGCCUUUAUAAGAAGAGUGAAAGCCUCUACGCCUCCUGACGCUGGCCCUGUGGUGGUCCACUGCAGCGUGGGGGCGGGCCGCACCGGCUGCUACAUCGUGCUGGAUGUCAUGUUGGACAUGGCCGAGUGCGAAGGUGUGGUGGAUAUCUACAACUGUGUCAAAACCCUCUGCUCCCGCCGCAUCAACAUGAUCCAGACGGAGGAGCAGUAUAUCUUUAUCCAUGAUGCCAUUCUGGAGGCCUGUCUUUGUGGAGAGACGGCCAUCUUGGUGAACGAGUUUGCGGUCACUUACAAAGAGAUGCUGCGGGUGGAUUCGCAGAGUAAUUCCUCUCAGCUACGGGAGGAGUUUCAGACACUCAACUCUGUGACCCCCCACCUGGAUGUCGAAGAGUGCAGCAUUGCUCUGUUGCCCAGAAACCGAGAGAAGAACCGCAGCAUGGACGUUCUGCCGCCCGAUCGCGCUCUGGCCUUCCUGGUUACGACAGAAGGGGAGAGCAACAAUUACGUCAACGCUGCACUCGCAGACAGUUUCCACCGGCAGGCUACUUUCAUUGUGACCCCUCACCCUCUGCCGGGCACGACGGCGGACUUUUGGAGGCUGGUCUUUGACUACGGCUGCACAGCAGUGGUCAUGCUCAACCAACUCAACCAGUCCAACUCUGCCUGGCCGUGUGUGCAGUACUGGCCGGAGCCUGGUCUACAGCAGUACGGACCCAUGGAAGUGGAGUUUCUGUCCAUGUCAGCAGACGAGGAUGUCAUUACUCGCCUGUUUCGGGUCAAGAACGUAACAAGGAUCCAAGAGGGCCAGCUGGUGGUGUGUCAGUUCCAGUUCCUGCGCUGGUCGGCGUAUCGCGAUGUUCCCGACUCCAAGAAGGCUUUCCUCAACCUGCUGGCUCAAGUGCACAAGUGGCAGAGGGAGUGUGGAGAAGGACGCACAGUUGUCCACUGCCUUAACGGUGGUGGUCGCAGUGGGACCUUCUGUGCCUGCAACAUUCUCCUCGAGAUGAUCCAGUACCAGAACAUGGUGGACAUCUUCUACGCUGUCAAAACUCUACGCAACUGCAAACCCAACAUGGUGGAGUCCCUGGACCAGUAUCGAUUCUGCUAUGACCUUGUCCUGGAGUACUUGGACUGCUUUGAUGGUAGAUAGCAACUAAAUGUUUACCACAGCGGCGGUAUCCAAUGAGCUGGAGAUUAGAUUUUAAGGCCACUCAGUGGCCCCUCUACUUUAAUGUUUGGACCUGCGGACUUGGCAUAGAAAGGACUGCAAAGGAAGGAGAGGAAAAAAACAUGGUCAUGGUUCUAACUUUUAACCUUUAAUGUACAGCUGUGAUUUCCUCCUUGUUGGUGAUGUUUAUCUCUUUUGAUAUUUUUUGUGCUUUUCUCGGUCCUCUUUGCCUCUGGACUAAAGCUCUUUUGUGCUGAGGGUUUCUGUAGCAGCAAAACAAUAUUCUGAGCUACAAAAUGGACCUGUCUAUUCUGAGGAAAGGUCACCUUGGCUGUGUUUCGUCGUUGCAUUCAAACAGCGAGGGGCCUGGAUGAGAUUCCAGAGUUACAGCAGAAUUAUCUCUUCUUCUCUCUUAAGAGCUACAUACGACAGCAGUCCACUGUGGUUGUGGCAUGACUUAUCUACCAUACCAUAAACUGCCUUAUUCUCUGAUGAUAGGUCUGAAUAAAUCUGGAAGGCUGUCAUACUGGUGUACAAACCGCAACAAGAGAUUUUAACAAGAGACCUAAAGCAUUAGGAUAGCCCAGCCCUGUGCUCCACAGUAUUGAUGCAGAAACUGUACAGUAGUGCAAUGUGUUGUAUUUUGCCAUAAUGUUUGUGCUGGAUUACCAUGUGUGCUAUUGGUGGGCGUUUCCAGGGACCACAGAACUGGGCCUGGUGCCACCACGGGAGAUUCCUGUCUCAUUACUGUCACAGUGCCAAUCCCAUUAACUGACUUGAAUCCUCUCUUUACUUUGUUCUACGGCUUCAUCUUGAUAUAUGCCUACAAACAUACAGUAUGUACUGCAGCAGCUAAUGCCCUCGCUCCAAAGUGAUGUUUGUAUUUUAAACCCAGCAGGACAGAAAACGGAGCGGGGGAGGGGGGACUGUUAGAAAUGUACUGACAUGCCAUAGUGGUGGUGUGAAAAGUGAUGUUUCAUUAAUGCUGUGGUGUCGAAACCAGUGCUGCGUUACAGGUGUGAAUCUGUGAACCCCUUUUACUCCUUUGUUGUCUGAGGCAUUUGGUUGUACUGUAAACUGUCGAAGCAAGCGAAACCAGUUUCAAAUUUAUCAUAAACCUUUCGGGUAGGGGGUUCAUUUUGACAAUUUUGACAUGAAUAUUAGUUGUUGUUCCUAGUGGUGUAAAAUAAAUAAAGUAAAUAUAUAUAAAUAAAAAGGGGCAUUAACAUUGAGCAGAGGGAUAAAAUGCUACUUUGUGUUUUCACGUUAAGUUGCCCUUUAUUGAUCCCCGCGUCCGGAAACCAACGCCAGCUCUACGCCAGUGAUUUUUGUGGCAGGAGAAACCGGAGCAUUGGUGGGCAUUUUUAGUGUCUUACAAAUAAAUACAGCAUUUUAAACAGGAGGAAUACUAAGAAGCAGUUACCCAUAAGCCCAACUGUUUAGCUAUCACUAACAAAAUUCAUAGUUUUUUCAUCUACUGGCCAAAGCCUGGAGAGCACUGGAACUGUUAACGCCUGAAUCACUGGAAGAAACUCAGGCAGGCUGGCAUGUGUGUUACACAUAAUUGAUCUGAGUCUGCUUUGAAACAUUCCCUGAAAAGACCCGAACACACAGACAGGUAGCAGUUCUCUAUUUUUUUCCCCUUAUUUGUUCCAGAACCAAGAAAAUAGCUAUUCUACACUCCAUUGAAAAUAUGUUAUGCUCCACCAUACCUCCUGAAACUCCUUUAAGUGCAGGUUUUCAUGGAGGGCGGUAAAGGCAUCAGUCCUGGAACUGCCCUGAUAAAGAAGGAGAGACACCUUGAAGACCGCAGAAACUGAGAAAUGGCAGCUAUAGGCGAACUCUACUGCUGCUAGUUUGCAGCUCACAGUCUGGUUCAGGUGGGAGCACGAGAAUAUGCGAGGAAUCCAACAGCAUACCAACAUCGCCAACCUCCCACAGGUUCACUGAUAGAGCAGCUUGUUUUUAAUGAGGAUGAAAUAAUGAAGUAGCUACAGUGGUGUCAGUGGUGUGAUGCAGCACCGCUGGAGGAAGUGCCUGGACACUUUUUCUCGAGGGUGAAAGGAUUGUGUACAUACAGGUGUAUAUUAUGUUAUGUGAAUAUAUGUGAAUAAUAUACUAUAUGUUUGCCGAGAGUAAAGACGUACAGUUAGUAACCACUACAUAACCACGAAGGUGAAUGUGCUGUAAAUGAUCAUUUUGUGAGUUUAUUGCCAGAACUUUUAACAACCGAGUAUGCACCGAGUCUCCCCGAGUGUUCAUUCCGGCACUCCGAGUAACAGAUCUGUCAGAGCAUGUGUGAAUCCAUUGUCCGCUUCGCAUUUCAUUUAGUUCAUUUCAAAAUAUCCUGAUCCACAUCAUUUAUUUCAACCGCUGUGUUUCGCCAGCAGCCGCGACUGCGUGAGUGCAUUGUACUUUUACCAUUCCAAAGCUUUUUACUGCGACUGCUCUCCGCGUGGCGCCGACUGCCCCGAGAGCACCGCUGAUUUCACCCGCGUGUGUGUCUGUAUGAACCGAUGGUACAUGACUACUGUGUUUUUGACCAUUGUAUUUGUGGGGGCUAGGUGUGUAUUUAAUGAGAGGCGGGGACGACGGAUGUAUUUUGGGGUCAGGAAGGGGUUUGUUCUGAAGAAUAACAACAAUCAACA